AUGGGGAAGGGGUACGAUGAUGUCUUCACAGUAACCAAGACCAACCAUGCAGUGAAACACCCAGGUUCCUGCUCCUGCAACCUCUCAAAGCAGUACAUUGGUUCUGUGUCAAAAAUCGACCAAAUUUGUUCUUCUCCUGUGAUGGAGGAGGAGCCGAAAAGGUUGGAUGUUUUGCCUGAAUUAUCAGAGGAAUAUUCCAAGGAAUUGGAGGUGGCUGUUAGAGCAGUGCAGAUGGCGUGUUCCCUCUGCCAGAGAGUGCAGGACACUAUAAUUUCCAACACUGGGUCUGGGACCAAUCAUCGCCAGGUGCAGUCCAAGGAUGAUAAUUCUCCGGUUACAGUAGCAGAUUGGAGUGUUCAAGCAAUUGUCAGCUGGAUGUUGUCAGAAUGUUUAGGAAGUCAAAAUGUCUCAAUUGUUGCUGAAGAAGAUGUUCAAAAUCUCUCCAAGGUUAAUGCAUCUGAAUUGUUAGAAGAUGUGGUUGAAACUGUGAAUCAAUGUCUAGCUGAAGCUCCUCGAUUUGGUGUUCAGAAGCCAAAAUCAGCUCUUUCAACUUCAGAUGUUCUUGAAAUCAUUGGUCGCUGUAACUCAACUGGGGGUCCCACUGGAAGAUUUUGGGUACUGGAUCCUGUUGAUGGUACAUUAGGGUUUGUACGUGGAGAUCAAUAUGCUGUAGCUCUAGCACUCGUAGAGGAUGGAGAAGUGAAGCUUGGUGUUAUUGGAUGUCCUAACUACCCAAUGAGGAAGGAAUGGUUAAGUUACCAUCACCGCUAUCAUAGGAUUAUAUCCAAGUUGACUCCUCCAACUGCUGAAACUUGGAACAAAGGUUGUGUACUAUAUGCUAAAACGGGUAGUGGUAAGGCUUGGAUGCAACCGCUGCUCCAUGCCAAUAAGAUGUUUGUGUGGCCAAACCAAGCAAAACAAGUUUCUGUCUCUUCCAUUGACAAUCCUGCACUUGCCACCUUUUGUGAACCAGUUGAGAAGGCCAAUUCAAGCCAUUCUUUUACUGCAGGACUGGCUCACAGUGUUGGUCUCAGGAAACAGCCGUUGAGGGUAUACAGCAUGGUAAAGUAUGCAGCAAUAGCUCGUGGGGAUGCCGAGGUUUUCAUGAAGUUUGCAAGGGCUGGUUACAAGGAGAAAAUAUGGGAUCAUGCUGCAGGUGUUACCAUCAUACAGGAAGCUGGUGGGAUGGUAACAGAUGCAGGAGGAGUUCCCCUAGACUUCUCAAAAGGCUUAUAUUUAGAAGGCCUUGAUCGUGGCAUAGUUGCUUGUUCUGGAGCUACACUACAUGCAAAGAUCAUCGAUGCAGUUGAUGCUAGCUGGGGCUCUUCUGGCCUUUGA